AAUAUUUGUAUACAAAUUGAGAUUUAAUGAAUUGAUUGAUCAUAUUUUUUACAAAAUAGAACAUCAAAUUAAAUAAAUGAAAUUUGGCAACAGCUUGGACAUGCAGAAGGAUUCCACUUCCACAUGUACAUGACGACCGAAUAGCAUUGUAGGCAACCUUUGGAAUAAGCCCGACGCGUGCGGCGAAGAUGGAAUCCUCCAAACAAUACUAUUAAAUCGUUAGUUAACGUUUUAGAAUCUCCAAAGAAUGUAUUCUUUUUGACUUUGUCAACACUACCGAACUCUAUAUAAACCCUAACGUGAUCAAUAAACUUGAAUCAAGUCUCAAACUUGUAAAGUAAAAGAACUUCAUAUAUCUUUUAUUUUAAUGGGUGAUUCUACCGGUGAUACCGGAAGCUCCAUGCACGGAGUAUCCACCGACAAGACGGGCAAGUACGAUCUCCCCGUGGACUUGGAGGAUAGGGCAACAGUUUUCAAGCUCUUCUCCUUCGCUAAACCUCACAUGAGAACGUUCCACCUCUCGUGGAUCUCUUUCUCUACAUGUUUUGUCUCGACCUUCGCUGCUGCACCACUUGUCCCCAUCAUCCGGGAGAACCUGAACCUCACCAAACAAGACGUAGGAAACGCUGGAGUUGCCUCAGUCUCUGGGAGUAUAUUCUCUAGGCUGGUGAUGGGAGCAGUGUGUGAUCUUCUUGGUCCCCGUUACGGAUGUGCAUUUCUUGUGAUGCUUUCCGCACCAACGGUGUUCUCAAUGAGCUUCGUGAGUGGAGCCGCGGGGUUCAUAACUGUGAGGUUCAUGAUAGGGUUCUGCCUAGCCACGUUUGUGUCGUGUCAAUACUGGAUGAGCACUAUGUUCACCAGUAAGAUCAUCGGUCUGGUGAACGGGACAGCCGCGGGGUGGGGAAACAUGGGAGGUGGGAUAACGCAGUUGCUCAUGCCGGUUGUCUAUGAGAUCAUAAGGCGUUGUGGUGCAACAGCGUUCACAGCCUGGAGAAUCGCCUUCUUUGUCCCUGGUUGGUUGCACAUUAUCAUGGGAAUCUUGGUACUCACGCUAGGUCAAGAUCUCCCAGGUGGGAACCGAAAGGCCGUGGAGAAAAAGGGAAAAGUUGUCCAAGACAAACUUGGGAAGAUUAUGUGGUGUGCCGUCAGUAACUACAGGACUUGGAUAUUCGUUCUUCUCUAUGGAUACUCUAUGGGAGUCGAGUUGAGCACUGAUAAUGUUAUCGCCGAGUACUUCUUUGACAGGUUCCACUUGAAGCUUCACACAGCUGGAAUCAUAGCAGCAUCUUUUGGAAUGGCCAACUUCUUUGCUCGUCCAGCAGGAGGCUAUGCAUCUGACAUUGCAGCCAAGUACUUCGGGAUGAGAGGACGGUUGUGGGCGUUGUGGAUCAUUCAGACCGCCGGUGGUCUCUUCUGUGUGUGGCUCGGCCUCGCCAACACCCUCGUCACUGCUAUUGUAGCUAUGAUCCUUUUCUCUUUAGGAGCACAAGCCGCUUGCGGAGCUACCUUUGCAAUCGUUCCCUUUGUCUCCCGGCGAUCCCUAGGCAUUAUCUCGGGUCUAACCGGGGCUGGAGGGAACUUUGGAUCAGGACUCACACAGCUCAUUUUUUUCUCUACCUCACAAUUCACAACUGAACAAGGGCUAACGUGGAUGGGAGUGAUGAUAGUUGCUUGCACGCUGCCUGUGAUGUUAAUCCACUUUCCUCAAUGGGGAAGCAUGUUCCGUCCUCCUUCCACGGAUCCCGUGAAAGGUACAGCGGAGUACUAUUAUGUUUCCGAGUGGAAUGAGGAGGAGAAGCAGAAGAACAUGCAUCAAGGCAGCGUUGCGUUUGCCAUAAACGCCAAGUCUGAGGAUGGCCGCAACGCCCCUUCAACCAUCACUGUUUGAUCAAUCAAUGAUUUCAUUUGUGUGUAAUGGAACAAACUGAGGGAAAAUAAACACACAUUGUUUUCAUAUGCUUUUAUUGUGUUUUUGUUUUUUUUUCUUGAAUUUCUUUUGUUUGUUUGUACUGAGCGUUUUUUAGUUAAAACUUAAAAGCUCAUAUUCAUUGAAGUGUGCCCAUGUGUUGAGAAAUCACGAAAGUGUUUGCUUCUUUUUAAUCAUCUGAUAAAAAACGAUUAAAAUCAUGUUUUCAAGAAAAGAGAUACGGUGAUUGGUUGUGUCUAUGAUGAGUUUAUUAGUAGGUCGAGCGAGUUUCUAUGUUCAUUCCACUCGGAAACAUAAUAGUACUCCAAGCGUUUGGUAUUAACGUUUGGCAUUAACGUUUCGCAAAUGAACACAACUUGGCAUUAACGUUUCGCAAAUGUGAUCUUCUAGUAUCUCCAAGUAAUCAUGCAGGGAAGUCCACAUAUCUAGCCGCAAAAGUUAUAUGGACGUUUAAAAAAAUUAGGUCUGAAUUUGUUAUAUAUGUAAGUAGUCAAAUACAUGAACGUAAUGACGUUUCUUGUCCUUACGUUCCUUUUUUACACCGCGCUGUCAUUACAUUAAACGAAUAAAACAUUAGAUUGAAAUGGUAACUUCGACUUAUGUAUAACUUA